AGCCGCCAUUUUGUUUGUGCGGACAGACCGAAAGAGGCAGGAGAUACCGAGAAAGAGCGACUUCAGCACCGAUAACUGUCACUCCGGGAGCCGCCGGUGAAUGAGUGGCGGUGUCGUAUCGGAGCGCAAACAGGGAUAAAAGUAAAAAUCUGUGAUAAGAGUGAAGACAAUCGAGGCUGUGAAAAAGGACAUUCUAUUUGAAAAUCCAAGGAAGGGGGUGUUUUUACGGAGCGGAGACGGAGAGGCGGAAGAGGGCAAUAUAUUUUAACGAAGGAAAACCUGCGAACGGAAGAAAAAAUGGAACAUGAAAAAACAUUAUGAGCCCAUCACCGCAAAAAGAAAAUGUCCGCAAAUAUAUCAGUAAUGAUAAAUUGCCCGUAGGCAUUAAAGAAAAAUAAAAAAGGGCAAAAGCCGUAUUUUAAGAAAAGGAGAAAUUUCCAGGGUAAACGCGAAGGGGGGCAUUCUCCAUCACAAAGACUCAAUGAAAGGAUUUUGUGGACCCAAAAUAUUUAGGGGGUGUUGCUAUCAUUAUCAGACGGAUCCGAAGCUGCCCACUUCUGAAAUAACCACAAUAUUGUAGCGACCCCCCUCGCUUUAUCAGAUUUUCUCUCAUCGUUAUUCUCCUGUUCUUGGUUGGGAUUUUUUUCCUUCAGUUGCAUGGCAAGACAAAUCAGUAUACGCAGUGACAGAUUCUUGCGAUAUUUAUCAACGGUUUCAUGUUUUGUAAUCAAAGGUGUUCCGAUUGCAUUAGGCUGCGUUAUUUUACUAGCAGUGAAAUCAGUACCAUUUCUUUGAAGCCCAGGGCAAGUAUCCCUAUGGAACGUCCUCUGCUAAAUAAAACUAAUUGGAUCAAUCUGAUCGGCCAUUGAUUGGGAGGAACUGUGAUUUCUGAAACAAUUUCGGGAAAGGAAGAUCAUCCUACGCGUCGGAAAGCAAUUCUCGCCAGCAGACUGAAUGUGAAAACUCAAUUGUUGAGGAUUUUUGCAACCAUUUUUAACCUAACUGGCUGCAAUUGGCAUAUUCGCGCAAAGGGGUGCAGCAUCCAAGUGUGCAAUACGAGUCCGUUAUUUUUGACUGCCUUGCAUUGACGAACGAACAUCCAAUUGCACGAUGUAGUCUGCAAGAACAUCCUAAGAGAAAGUUAUGAUGCAUGGAAUUUGACAUUUCCAAUAGAACUCUUUGCGAGAGCAAUUUAUUGCAAGUGAAUGGAACUUGAUUAGGCUUUUUCUGCAGAAAUGCAUUCGAUGCUGAUAAUCUGUUGACAACACUGUAUGUCGUUUUUGCAGGGUUAAAUGGUCGCCGUACAUGCAUUAAAUGCACUUGAAACCACUGUCACCUAGCCUACUAAAGCUGGACAUCGCGAUUUAACAUCCCACCAAUUGGCCACCUUGUUUGUGGUGAUGCUGGGAACAAAUUGCAUUGACUGCAAUGGAAAGCCAGACCAAGUGGAAGAUUUAUCCAUUUUCGGGGCUCUCAUAACUGUUGCAUGAGACGAGGCCCCCAAAGUUACGACCGGGGAACGUUUGGACUACGUUCCAUUAUCAGAUCCCCAUAUUUAUUUCCCCGGCCUUUUGACCUAAUCUGAGCAGUGUAGAAUUAAACACUCAAUUUCGCCGCCGACUAUGGCGGAAAAGACUGAUGCUACCAUGGAGGACAGUUCUUGGGACAAUUUCAGCGUUGCCGAAGAGGCUACAUGAGGUUGUCGAAGGCCUGCACACUUAUCUUUUUCACCGACUCCACCUUCCCACCUCCUCCUGUUCAAGUCAGAGAAAAUCUAUAAAGGAACAAAAUAUCCGACAGGGGAGGGGGAUUGAUAGCUACAGCGAAGGAUAAAUCGAGAGUGGAGCCCUGAAAGGAAGAGUUGAACGCAAUCGCCUUCUUUCCCCCUACCGUCCCCAAACGGUGGGGGAAGAAACAAAAACGUUUAACGGAGGUCCAAAAGGAAUCGGAAGGACGCUUACAAGGGAAUACUUUUAUCCUUUGUGGACCUACAGCAAAUUGUUAAUUCGUGAAAAAUAUGGCCGAUAAUGUUCUGGACUCCGGCCCGCCUUCAGCCAAGAGGCCUAAACUGUCCUCCCCGGCUCUCUCAGUGUCUGCAAGCGAUGGAAACGAUUUCGGUUCACUUUUUGACCUGGAGCACGACCUCCCUGACGAACUCAUCAACUCCUCGGACCUUGGCCUGGUCAACGGAGGAGACCUCAGCCAGCUGCACACCAGCCUCGGAGGUGGAGUCGGCAUGGGAGUGGGAGGAGGUCAGGACGCUGCGGCCAAACACAAACAGUUGUCGGAGCUUCUCCGAGCCGGAGCACCCCCACAGCAGGGUGCCACCAACAGCCCAGGAGGAGGUGGGGCCUCCAUGGGUAUGAUGGGGGGGAUGAACGCCUCCCCUGGGGGCCCACAGGGCCAGCAGCACCCUGGGCCCCAACAGGCUGGACUGAUGCAGCAGGUGGGCAUGGUGGGAGGACUGAACCGGGCAGCCAUGAUGGGGACCCAGAAGGGCCCCAAUGGACAGCCACAGCAAGGCAUGAUGGGAGGCCAGGUGAUGAACGGCUCUCCCAGGAUGGGUUACCCCGGCAACCCUGGGAUGGGCAGCAACAGUAACAUGCUGGCUGAGACCCUGGCAGGGCAGCCGAUGGGGGCGGGGCCACAGGCUGGGAUGAGGCCACAGCAACCUGGAGCACUGAACAAGAUGAAUAUGAUGGCUAACACUGGCCCCUAUGGUGGUCCGUAUGGUCAGGCGGGGGGCCAGGGGCUGGGUGGGGCAGGGCUGGGCCCGCAGCUCCAGAACAAAGCAGGGCUGCCCAACAGUCUUGCCCAGUUCAGCCUGGACAAGAAGACGCCUCCAGGACAGGGCAUGGCUGGGAUGGCCUCCCAGCAGCCCUCAGGCAUCGGAGGCGUGGCCGUAGGCGGAGCAGCGGGCGUGGCCGGGGCCCAGGCUGGCCUUGGCGCCGUCGGAACGGGCCCGGGGGCGGCGCCCCCCACGGCCGACCCGGAGAAGCGCAAGCUGAUCCAGCAGCAGCUGGUGCUGCUCCUCCACGCCCACAAGUGCCAGCGGCGGGAGCAGGCCAACGGGGAGGUGCGCCAGUGCAACCUGCCCCACUGUCGCACCAUGAAGAACGUCCUCAACCACAUGACCCACUGCCAGGCCGGCAAGUCCUGCCAGGUGGCGCACUGUGCCUCAUCCAGACAGAUCAUCUCCCAUUGGAAGAACUGCACGCGACACGACUGUCCUGUCUGCCUUCCGCUAAAGAACGCUGGAGACAAGCGGAACCAGCAGUCCCUCCUAAGUAGUGCAGGGGUAAGCCUGGGCUCCCUCGGAACCGUACCUGGGGGCCAGCCCAGCACCCCCAACUUGAACCCCCCCAGCCAGAUCGACCCCAGUUCCAUCGAGCGGGCCUACGCAGCCCUGGGCCUCACCUACCAGGGCAACCAGAUGCCUCAGCAGCCCCCCCAGGGCAACAUGGCCAACCAGGGCCUGCCUGGCCAGCCUGGCAUGAGGUCCCUCAACACCAUGGGAGGGAACCCCAUGGGAGUGAAUGGUGGGGUGCAGCAGCCCAACCAACAGUCCAACCUGCUCCCAGACGCCAUGCUGCACAACAGCAUGAACGCACAGAGUUUGAUGAAUGACAGUGGGGUGGGCAGUCUGGGCUCCAUGCCCACGGCAACCCCUCCUUCAGCAGCGGGCAUGAGGAAGUCCUGGCAUGAGGACAUCACCCAGGACCUGCGCAACCACCUCGUCCAUAAGCUUGUGCAGGCCAUCUUCCCCACCCCGGACCCGGCUGCGCUGAAGGACCGGCGCAUGGAGAACCUGGUGGCCUACGCCAGGAAGGUGGAGGGGGACAUGUAUGAGUCAGCCAACAGCAGGGCGGAGUACUACCACCUGUUAGCCGAGAAGAUCUAUAAGAUCCAGAAGGAGCUGGAGGAGAAGAGGAGGACUCGGCUGCAGAAGCAGGGCAUGAUGCCCAACCAGCCUGGCAUGCCGCCCACAGGCCUGCCUCAGGGGCCCACUGGCAUGGGCCAGCCGCCUAUGGCUACCGGACUGCCUCCAAAUGGUCCCCAUGCUGAGCCCUCCAUGGUCCGACCCACUGGUCCUGGUCAGAUGGUCAACAGGAUGCAGAACCCUGCAGCAGGGAUGAACCAGUUUGGUCAGAUGGGACUGCAGUCGUUAGGUCAGAGGUCAACCCCGCCCCUUCCUCUUGGAACUCCACUAAAUCAGAUGGGUAUGGCUGCUGCAAGGAUGGGCCAGCCCAAUGUGGGCCAGCUCCAGAACCAGUACCUCCCUCCUGGACAGUUCCCUGGGUCCAGUCCUGGCCUUGGCGCUGGCCCUGUGGGCAUGAACCAGCCUGGUCAGCAAGGAGGCAUGGCGCAGCAAAACCAGAUGUCCACGCCGCCCUCCCUACCGGUCAGCAGCCCUGCCGCCCAGCCAGGCUCCACGGCCACCGGCCCCGGGGCUCCCCCAGGCUCCCUGGGCCCCCCCAGUGUAGGUGGAGGACCCCCCUCCAACCUGCCCCCAUCCUCCAACUCCCAGCCUAACUCCCACCCGCACUGCCCCCCCAUCCGACAGAACUCCCCCUCGCCGGCACGCAGCCUCACCCCCACGCCCCACCAGACUCCGCCCACGCUGCCUGGCUCGCAGACGCCGCAGCCGCACACGCCCAACCCCCCCCAGCUUGCACCCCCUCAGCAGCCCCAGCAACAGCAGCCGGCGCAACAGCCUGCCUCGCAGCAGCCGCAGCCAAUGGGGCAGGGGAUGAACUCUGAGAAGGCCAAUCAGCAGCAGCAGCCACAUGGAGGCGGAGCUUCAGGAGGCCCCCAGACGGGGCAGGCUCAGUCUGUGCCUACCCAGAAUGCACAUGUGCCAACUCAGUUACCACGGACACCGCUGUCUCAGAAGUCGUCCCUGACGGCCGACGGCCAGGCCUCCACACCGGCCUCCGUCAGCAGCACUGACCCCUCCUCCCAGCUGGCCCCGCCCGACGCCCCCGGCCCCGCCCACGGCGAGUCCAAGAUGGGCGUGAAGCAGCAGGACGAGGAGGACGCCGAGUCCCAGGGCGAGGGCAAAGCCUCCGGGAAGAUGGGCAAGGGACAGGCCGACAUCAAGACGGAGGACAAGCCAGAGAUUAAGAAGGAGAAGCCCUCGGGCGACGGGUGCAAGGGCGAGCCUAUGGACACGUCCACCUCGACGUCGUCGACGUCCUCGUCGUCCUCGUCGUCGGGGACGGCCAGCGAGGACAGGAAGCCGGAGAUUAAGACGGAGCCCAAAGAGGAAGAGGAGGGGUCGGGGUCUUCAGGCACGCACAGCUCCCCCGCCAGUGCUCAGAGUAAGAAGAAGAUCUUCAAGCCUGAGGAGCUGCGGCAGGCCCUCAUGCCCACCCUGGAGGCUCUGUACCGCCAGGACCCAGAGUCUCUGCCCUUCAGACAGCCGGUGGACCCCCAGUUACUGGGAAUACCCGUACGUAUUCGAACUAGUAACAAAACUAACCUGGACUACUUUGACAUCGUGAAGACCCCCAUGGACCUGUCCAGCAUCAAGAGGAAGCUGGACACGGGCCAGUACCAGGAGCCCUGGCAGUACGUGGACGACAUCUGGCUCAUGUUCAACAACGCCUGGCUGUACAACCGCAAGACGUCGCGCGUCUACAAGUACUGCUCCAAGCUGGCCGAGGUGUUCGAGCAGGAGAUCGACCCCGUCAUGCAGGGCAUGGGCUACUGCUGCGGGCGGAAGCUUGAGUUUUCCCCCCAAACUCUAUGCUGCUAUGGAAAACAGUUAUGCACCAUCCAACGAGACGCUGCUUAUUUUAGCUACCAGAACAGGUACCACUUCUGUGAGAAGUGUUUCAACGAAAUCCAGGGCGAGAGCGUGUCGCUAGGAGACGACCCCUCCCAACCUCAGACGUCCAUCAGCAAAGAGCAGUUUCAGAGGAAGAAGAAUGACACCCUUGACCCCGAACUGCUUGUGGAAUGUAAUGACUGCGGUCGUAAAAUGCACCAGAUUUGUGUCCUUCAUAACGACACCAUAUGGCCGGCAGGCUUUGUGUGUGACAGUUGCCUUAAAAAGGCUAAUAAGACACGAAAAGAGAACAAGUACGCGGCCAAAAGUAAGUGGAGGCUCCCCCAGACAAAGCUGGGCACCUUCCUGGAGACACGGGUGAACGACUACCUCAAGCGCCUGAACCACCCAGAGUCUGGUGACGUCACCAUACGUGUGGUCCACGUCUCCGACAAGGUGGUGGAGGUCAAGCCGGGCAUGAAGUCCAGGUUUGUGGAUAGUGGGGAGAUGUGCGAGUCCUUCCCCUACAGGACCAAGGCUCUGUUUGCCUUCGAGGACAUCGACGGAGCCGACGUCUGCUUCUUUGGCAUGCACGUGCAGGAGUACGGCUCGGACUGCCCGCCGCCCAAUCAGAGACGGGUUUACAUCUCCUAUCUGGACAGUGUGCACUUCUUCCAGCCUCGACACCUGCGCACAGGUGUUUACCACGAGAUCCUCAUAGGCUACCUGGAGUACGUCAAGAGGCUGGGGUAUACCACAGGCCACAUCUGGGCAUGCCCUCCCAGUGAGGGUGACGACUACAUUUUCCACUGUCACCCCAUGGACCAGAAGAUCCCCAAGCCCAAACGACUGCAGGAGUGGUACAAGAAGAUGCUGGACAAGGCUGUGGCCGAGCGCAUUGUACAUGACUACAAGGACAUCUUCAAGCAGGCGACGGAGGACCGUCUCACCAGCGCCAAGGAGCUGCCAUACUUUGAGGGCGACUUCUGGCCCAACGUGCUGGAGGAGAGCAUCAAGGAGCUGGAGCAGGAGGAGGAGGAGCGCAAGAGGGAGGAGAACAGCACCUCCAGCGAGAGCAUCGAUGCCACGAAAGGUGACAGCAAGAAUGCCAAAAAGAAGAACAGUAAAAAGACGAGCAAGAACAAGAGCAGUCUGAGCCGAGCCAACAAGAAGAAGCCGGGGAUGCCCAACGUGUCCAAUGACCUCUCCCAGAAGCUCUACGCCACCAUGGAGAAACACAAGGAGGUGUUCUUUGUGAUCCGCCUUAUCGCUGCCCCCACGGCAAACUCCCUGCCCCCCAUCACGGACCCCGACCCCCUGAUGGCGUGUGACCUGAUGGAUGGGCGCGACGCCUUCCUGACGCUGGCGCGGGACAAGCACCUGGAGUUCAGCUCGCUGCGCAGGGCUAAGUGGAGCUCCAUGUGCAUGCUGGUGGAGCUGCACAACCAGAGCCAGGACCGCUUCGUCUACACCUGCAACGAGUGCAAGCACCACGUGGAGACACGCUUCCACUGCACCGUCUGCGAGGACUAUGACCUGUGCGGCACCUGCUACAACACCAAGGGCCACGAGCACAAGAUGGAGAAGCUGGGUCUGGGUCUGGACGACGAGAGCAACAGCCAGGCCGCCGCUGCCACCCAGAGCCCUGGAGACUCGCGCCGCCUCAGCAUUCAGCGCUGCAUCCAGUCCCUGGUCCACGCCUGCCAGUGUCGCAACGCCAACUGCUCGCU